GCCUGCAGCAGUAAUCGGACAACUCUCGUUCUCGCUCUUGGAGGCAGUCUCCUGAGAUACCGCGCAGGGCUCCACGGGUUUUCACACUUACCAUGAAAAAGAAAAAAAGUUGUUUAGUAUUUGUAAUUUGCGAGUUGAUGCCGACAAAAAACUGAGACUUUUUUUUUUUGGCUUUUGAGAACUCUUUUUGCCACUUUGAACUGGAGAGACACUUUUUUGCAGAGAAGAUAGCAAGAAAAGAGUGGAUAAAAGAAAGCCAAGGAUUCAUCUUAAUUGUAGUCUAUGGAAAUGCAGGAUCUAGCCAGUCCGCACAGCCGAGUAAGUGGAAGCAGUGAAUCCCCCAAUGGUCCUAAUCUCGACAACUCACAUAUCAAUAACAAUUCCAUGCCACCAAAUGGCACUGAAGGAGAUAACAUCACUAUGCUUACCACAGCAGACUGGUUGCUAAGUUCUAGUUCACAAUCCGCUGCAGUUAAAACAGAGCCAAUGAGCAGCAGCGAAAUCGCCACCUCUGUAGCAGACGGCUCUCUAGACAGCUUCUCAGGAUCAGCUAUUGGAAGUAGUGGCUUCAGCCCAAGACAAACUCACCAGUUCUCUCCACAGAUUUACCCUUCCAACAGACCGUAUCCACACAUUCUUCCAACCCCUUCAUCCCAAAAUAUGGCCGCCUAUGGCCAGACGCAGUAUACCACAGGAAUGCAGCAGGCCGCUGCCUAUGCAGGCUACCCACAACCAGGGCAGCCGUACGGAAUUCCAGCCUAUGGCAUCAAGACAGAGGGCGGGCUCUCGCAGACGCAGUCACCAAGCCAGACCGGCUUCCUGAGCUACAGCUCUGGCUUCUCCACGCCGCAGACGGGACAGGCGCCCUACAGCUACCAGAUGCAAGGAGGCAGUUUUACAACAACAUCAGGAUUGUAUGCUGGAAGCAAUUCCCUCACAAAUUCAACUGGAUUCAAUAGUACACAACAGGACUACCCAUCCUACCCGACCUUUGGCCAGGGUCAGUAUGCGCAGUAUUACAACAGCUCCCCGUACACGUCUCCCUACAUGACGAGCAACAACACCAGCCCCACCACGCCCUCCACCACUGCCACCUACACGCUCCAAGAGCCGCCCACCAGCAUCACCAGCCAGGCCCUGUCCGAGCAGCCCGCAGCAGGCGAGUACAGUACAAUCCACAGUCCAUCAACCCCCAUUAAAGAUUCAGAAUCAGAUCGAUUGCGUCGGGCCUCAGAUGGAAAGUCACGUGGUCGCGGGAGAAGGAACAACAACCCAUCUCCACCACCGGACUCUGACCUUGAGCGCGUGUUCAUCUGGGACUUGGAUGAAACAAUCAUCGUCUUCCAUUCCUUGCUCACAGGGUCUUACGCCAACCGAUUCGGGAGGGAUCCACCGACGUCGGUGUCGUUAGGCCUCAGGAUGGAAGAGAUGAUUUUCAACUUGGCAGACACACAUUUGUUCUUCAACGACUUAGAAGAGUGUGAUCAAGUCCACAUUGACGACGUGUCUUCAGAUGACAACGGCCAGGACUUAAGUACGUAUAAUUUCAGCACGGACGGCUUUCACGCGGCAGCCACCAGUGCCAACCUGUGUCUGGCCACGGGUGUGAGGGGAGGCGUGGACUGGAUGAGAAAGCUGGCCUUCCGCUACAGACGAGUAAAAGAAAUCUACACCACCUACAAAAACAACGUCGGAGGCCUGCUUGGCCCGGCCAAAAGGGAAGCCUGGUUGCAAUUGCGAGCAGAAAUUGAAGCCUUGACGGACUCCUGGUUAACACUGGCACUGAAAGCACUAACAUUAAUCCACUCAAGGUCAAACUGUGUUAACAUCCUAGUGACCACGACACAACUCAUCCCAGCGCUGGCGAAGGUCCUCCUCUACGGCCUGGGAAUAGUGUUUCCAAUUGAAAAUAUUUAUAGUGCAACGAAAAUAGGGAAGGAGAGCUGUUUCGAGAGGGUCAUGCAGAGGUUCGGCAGGAAAGUUGUUUACAUCGUCGUGGGAGACGGAGUGGAAGAGGAACAAGGCUCCAAGAAGCACAACAUGCCCUUCUGGAGGAUCUCCAGUCACUCUGACCUGAUGGCCCUUCACCACGCGCUGGACUUGGAGUACUUGUAGCACUGCAAACCGACCGGAGCGGACCGGACCGGACCUGACAGGCCCGCCUCACCAGACAGCCACGCCUCACGCCUGCAUCUACUGCGACCUUUGCCCUCUGAACCACAUCUCACUCACACACCCCUCAUCAUGCCUUCACACACACCCCUCCACCCGCCGUUGCGUCAGAGGGGAGAGAUGGAGGGGGAGGAGGGGGGGGGACCUCCCACCUCUGGUGCCCCGUGUCUGCGUUCCUCGAAAAAAAUUGAGAUAAAACUUGACUGAAAAAAGGAGAGAGCGAAGAGAGAAAGGGGGCGAAAAGAGAGCCUCUUCUGAGUGACAAGGUGGACGUGUUGACAUAUGGCCACGGUUCGUCUUAACCUCUUUUGCGUAUCGGCGGACAAUGAAUUUAUGGCACUGCAGCUGCUGGUCCCUGCUUUACUGUGAAUCGGCUUUUCUCUCUCUCUCUCUCUCUCUCUCUCUCUCACUAUCCCUGUCUCUAGCUCAUUCACUCUCUCUAUCUCUCUCUCUCUCUCUCUCUCUCUGUCUCUCACUCUCGAAACAAAGCCAUCAAAAUGUUUUACGGCCCCUGUCUGUGCCGGGGCUCAGCGAGGGUUCACACCUGUGUAGAAAUCAGAGCUACCGACGUCUCGGAACUCAGCCAGACUGACCCUCUCCACAGCCGCUGCCGCCACCAUAGCCACUGCGCGGUUUAAUCCUCGACCCACAGCCACCCUUCUUCACCCCUCUUUCUCUCUCUCACUCUCUCUCUUUCUCUCUUCUGACUUUCUCCCCCUCUCUCUCCCUCUUUCUGAUGGUACACAGACAGACAUAAGGCUCCAGUUGCUCAAUCGGCCACCCCCGUUUGCCCACCGCUCGGCCACCGAUGACCCUGGAUGUCCGGCGCUUCUUAUUUAUGAAACCAUCCCCUCUUGAGUGAGUGGUGUUUUUAGUCCCACAAAGGUACCUCUGUGAAAGACUCGUGCCUUUCUGCGUCAACUAAGUACUUUUGAAUUCCACCUCACUGAGAAGUCUAUGGAGGAAGAAACGAAAAGAGGAUUUUCUAGUAAUUUAAGAAAAAAAAAAACUUUAUUUACAUUGCUGAGAUAAUCAUGUACAGAAGAAAUCUUUUUUUUUUGGUGUGUACAUUUGUAAUCACUGGACUAUUCCUUCCUAUAUUCAUUUAGGUACAUGCUGUUGAAAGGUGGCAAUGCUUUUUCAUUGAAGUACAAAAAAAACAGCACACUGGCACUUUGGCUUGUGCGCUAGGGGGCCUCAAAGUGUUGAUUGUUGAUGUGUUUAAGGGUUUUUGUUCAUUAAAACAAAUAUUGUAGAUAAAAAAGGGAUUUUGUGAUAACUUGUUCUGUCAAGACCAAAAGCAUGGAUGUCAAGUGUCAAUGAUUUCAUUCUCAUUUUGUUUUUUGUUUUGUUUCCUUCAGUGCCGUUGUCUCUCCCCUAUAUUUCUUUCUGCCUCUUCUCUCCUCUCUCUUGACAGAGGAAAAGGUCUUGUGUUCUUCUCUAUCUCUCUCUCUCUCUCUCUCUCUGAGACGAGAACAAUGCGGGCUCUCUAGCCCUUUGGGUCAACAUUUCAUGCGGGGUGUGUCUCCACAGAAGUGUUCCAACUGUGAGAGCAGGAGCCUUUUAGACCAGGAGGUUAGCGUUAGCGUUAGCAUACAGCCUCAAAAUUCAAGUCCUGACUGACUCUAGAGCUCAAAACAGAGUGCAAGCGAUGGAUACAAAGCUUGACCUUAACAGGCUCUGAGGCUGUAUGUGUGUGUGUGUGUGUGUGUGUGUGUUUCUGACAUUGCCCCCACCCCCACCCCACCCCCACCACCAUCUUUUGCCUGGAUCUGAACCGUUUAACUCAGGUUAAACUUCAGCCUCCUUCAUGGGCAUAAAACCUUACAUUAGAUUUGACUAUCUUUUUUACUGGCGCAAAAAAAACAGGAACUCUUGUACAGCAAGUGUAAUUUUGUAUGAAGUAGUCUUUUUAUUUUGAUUUUUUUGAAAAGGUAAAAAAUGUGUUUCUGUGUCCACUUUGAAUUGCUGUAGUUGAAAUUCAUUGGAAGUCAUUACGCCUAUUGAUAGUGCUUAGGUUACUGUUGACUGGGGAAUUCAAGGAGAAAAUAUAUAUAUAGGUCUUGGACUUUUACAAAGCCACUACUCCAUACAACGAAAAAAAGGGAACCGAAAAAAAUGACGAAUGGGUUGAGAACAUACAUGUGCUAUCGACUGUGAAUUUCCUCUGCAAGAACCGACGCGAUCUGUUUCUAAUUCUCCUCUCCCCUCACGCGGUUACUGCUGCCGGGCUCUCCCAGGUGACCCCCCCCCCCCCCCCCCCAUCACCCCACCCCCCGCUCAUAGGAACCUUUUUCUCAGCACAUUCACAAUUUCACUCCUCUGAACGAAAACUCUCUCUCUCUUUCUUUCUUUCCCCUGUUCACAGGGACUACAUAUUGCUGCUAGGUCAAGGUAUCAGUAACAGUAGGCCUAAAAAUGUUUUAUAGAUUUACACAGCAUUUUUUUUUUUUAUUUCAAUGUUGCAAUCAUAAUGCAAACUGGAAAUAAUUUACAGUACAUGGGCCUCAUUGGGGAAACACAAAGGUUUGUUGUGUCUGCAAAAAAAUAAGAUGUGUACAGAUGUUUUUGACAUUAUUAUUUGAUUUGUGUUUAAAUUAAUAAAAAAUGAUUUGUGAACUGUUACACAUACA